AUGUUUCGUGGCAAAAUGACCGUUGCUUUCCCUGUCAUAUCUCUGCGCAGCGCGCGCCUGACCCGGACGUGCUCGUCGCUCCCGGCACGCAUUUCUCCACCAUGUCCAAGGUCAUUCAAGUAUCCAGCGACAUCCAGCACGCAGCGACUCAGAGUGAAGGCAUUAUCUAGUCUUGCUGCAGUGGGCCACUCUCCUCCCAUACCGGGACUUAUCGGGGAGGAGACUCGUGCAAAUGCUUUUAGACAUCCUGUCUUGGUUGCGUUUAGAAACGACAGUGACACAUCUACACACUCCAAGAACAACAACGGUGCAGCGUCCUAUGCGACGCAUAAAGCCUUCGAACACUUGGGAGACAGGGUGGUAGGGCUAGUAGUGUGCGAAAUGGUUUGGAGCAUGUAUCCGCAUGUGGAUAAUGGCUCGUUCACUGAUAGUUCUCGUGCAGAGAUAGUCGAUCUCUCCGUUGCGGUUUGCUGGAAAUGGCGCGCGUUACAUACGGCAUUGAUCCGAGUCGUGAUCUUCCACAAAAUCCCGUUCACUGGCAAGGCAUACGUCGGGGGGCUCUACUACGAGCAAGGACAAGUCACAGCACAAGUCAAGAAAUGGAUUAAUCACCUUCUCUCACCCCAUGUAACAGAAGCACAUGCUGCCCUUUCUACGCCAAGGUUUUUCACUCCGAACAUCACCGAACACACUCCUCCAACGACAAAACAUGCUUCCCCAGCCGCCUUUCCUAUCCAAACAUCAUUGAAAUACCCGAAGUCUUCUACACAACAACUGGAUGAGGCCGUGCACUGCGUAGCACAGUUUGUACAAGACGCUGUCGAACAGAAGACAGAGAAAGAGGAUGCGACGUCGGCAGACCUCCAAAAGCUCCUGGACCGGGUGCCUAAGGGAGGUAAAUUCGUUCGUUGGUCCACUGUGCUAGUUAAACUUGAACAGAAAUCCCUCUGGGUUGCCGUGGUACGCGUAGACAAUGCUGUUCUCGGCCGAGGAGUUAGGCCCUCCCUCAAAGCAGCGAAAAACGUGGCAGCUCGACAGGCACUUGAGUCGCAUGUAUGGUAG